AUGACAGCCCGUCCGCCCUCCACUGCACGUCCACCUACCGGUGCGCCCAUCACCACCGUCGCCUUCCCCAAGCGUCCCGGGUUUGGUUCCGUCGGCAAGCCCAUCUCCAUCAUUGCCAACCACUGGCCUACCCUCUCGACGCCUACGAAGCCUGUCUACCAGUAUGACGUCGAGAUCAAGCCUGCGGCCAGCAUUCUCAUUAACCGCAAAGUGUUCAACUUGGUGGUUGCGGCUGAGGAGAACCGAGAGUACUUUACUCCCAGGUCUCGUAUGAUUGUUUUUGACGGUAGAAAGAUUGCCUACGCACCGGAGAAGCUCAACCUCGGGACCGCUGAAGCCGUCAUGCUCUCGACAAUUCUCCCAGAAGAAGACAAUGGUCCUGAACGUCGUACCAGUCCCCCUCCGCGAGCGCCUAGGGAAGAAGGCCCCCCUCCGCGUGAAAGCAAGUUUACAGUGGCCAUCAAGUUUGCGGUGACGGUCGACAUGACACGACUCGUUAAUUUCCUUGAAGGCAGAGUUCCGUCCAUUCAAACGCCGCAGGAUGCUCUCAACGUGUUUGAUGUGAUUCUUCGUCACCAUGCCUCAAAGAUUCCGGGAUGUGUACCUUCUGGACGCGGGUGGUACCUCCAGAACCUCUUUUCUCGGAGCCCUCAAGAUCGCUACCUCGGCGGCGGCGCGGAAGCAUGGAACGGAUGCAAGCUCUCGAUGCGGCCCGGACAGCAAAAAAUGUUCUUGAAUGCGGACCUCAGUACGACGGCCUUUUUGGCACCUGGUCCGCUCAUUGAAGUCUCCAAGCGUAUCCUCGAAACGACCGAUCAAACCUUCCAACGCGAACUCCAUGAAGGAGAUAUCCGUCGCCUCCAACGCUCUCUCAGGAACUUCCAAGUCAAAACCACACACCGCGCGACUGGUCGCAAAAAGUACCGUAUCUCCGAGAUCUCCAUCACGCCGGCCUCACGCACCAUGUUCGACUAUGAAGGCGAAGGCACCCGUCGCAAGAUUAGCGUUCAAGGAUAUUUUGAACAGGUGUAUGGGAUUCGUCUUCGAUACCCGCAUCUUCCGUGCGUCGUAACGGGGCAGCGGGACAGGAGAAUCUACUUGCCGAUGGAGGUUUGUGAGAUUCCGCCGGGUCAGAGGAUCAUCAGGAAGUUGGAUGAGAAACAGACGUCUCGAAUGAUCAGCAUCGCGCAGCAGCGCCCUACGGAUCGUCUGAACAGGACCUCCGACGCGAUCAAUCAGCUCGUCGGAACCGUGCGCGAAGGAACUGACUACCGGGACAAUGAAUACCUCCGUGCUUUUGAUCUUCGCGUAGGCCGCCAACCUAGCAUCCUUCAAGCCCGCCUCCUCGACACACCCACCAUCUCCUACCACCCCAAGUCCCGCGAGAAGGAAGUCACACCCCGCGACGGCACCUGGAACCUUCGUGACAAGAUGGUUGCGUUCGGCAAGACUCUUUCUUCCUGGGCGGUCCUCGUUUUCGCUCCCUCCGAACGAGUUCGCAACGACGCUGUCGAUAAAUUUGUUCGUCAACUCGUCUCAACAUGCAAGAACACGGGGCUUCAGAUCACCGAAGAAAAACCGCCCCUCCGAUACGGAUCUGACAACAAUAUUGAAAAUAACCUCAAAGCGGCGUUCAUGGAUGCGGGUCAAGGAUGCAGGAAGAAGCCACAGAUGAUUUUGGUCGUGUUGCCGGAUACCAAUCCUCGUCGGUACGCAGAGAUCAAGAGAGUGUCGGAUACGGUCAUUGGUAUUAUUACCCAGUGUGUUCAGUCUCGACAUGUGUUCAAGGCAAACGUUCAAUAUUGCGCCAACCUCUGCCUCAAAAUGAACGUGAAACUCGGCGGCUUCAAUUCCUUCCUUUCUGCAAAGCAGCUCAACUUUAUUUCCGAGACGGAGACGAUUGUCAUUGGUGCUGAUAUAACUCAUCCCGGACCUGGUGAAGGUGAAUCAAGGCCCUCGAUUGCCGCCAUGGUAGGCUCCCUCGACGCCCAAUGCUCCCGUUUCGCUGCGACGCUCCGCAUCCAACGUUCUCCAGCGGGUACCCGCCGUAACGACAUUAUCCAAGACGUCUACGGUAUGACCACAGAACUCUUGCGCGCCUUUUACCGCACCACGAACCGCAAACCCGCUCGCAUCGUCUUUUACCGCGACGGCGCCUCAGAAGGUCAAUUCAACGAGAUUCGUCAAACGGAGAUUGCGGCUGUCAAGCGUGCCUGUACCGAUAUCGAAAAACUCUCUGGAAGUGGGAAAGAGUAUAACCCGCCCAUUAGCUUUAUUGUUGUCACCAAGCGGCAUCAUACGAGGUUCUUUCCUAAACGCGGUGAAGAUGCGGAUCGGUCUGGGAAUUGUAGACCCGGCACGGUGGUGGAUAAGACCAUUACCCAUCCGAGUGACUAUGACUUUUUGCUCAACUCCCACCCGGGGCUCCAAGGCACCUCCCGCUCAGCUCACUACCACGUCCUCCACGACGAAAACAAACUCUCACCAGACACACUCCACCAAAUGACCUACAAACUCUGUUACCUCUACGCACGCAGCACACGCGCCGUCUCGGUCUGUCCACCCAUUUAUUACGCGGAUCUCGUUGCUGCGAGGGCCAGGUUCCAUUUCAAGGGGAUGGAGUGGAGUGAGGAGAGUAGUGGGACGGCCGGGAGUGAGGCGGCUAGGGCUUGGGAUGAACGGUUUGCUAGGGUGAGGGAUGACUUGAAGCAGGUCAUGUACUAUAUGUGA